GUACCUCCACGGCCACCAAACCGUCUUGACAGACACCUAUAAAAUUUAAAAUCAACUUUAUAACCUUCAAUUAAAGUUCAAAGUUGCGCGUGCGUGUUUUUUUUAUUGAACUUUUUUAUCAAGUGUCGUUAGUUGAGGCGAGACCUCCAGACGGAGUGUACGAUGGCGAAGUUGCUCUGUGUGUAUUUGUUUAUGUGUGUGCAAUUAGUGUUCUGUCAGUUUGGAUUCUUCCCAUCGCGAGACAACCGAGGCUUCAGUCAGAGCCUCCUAGACCCUUCCAGAAUAAGGCACAGGAUUCAAACUGUUCUACACAUCCAGCCCCAGAACCUCAACAACAAUCCGUAUGGCCACAACACAGACGAAUACGGCAGACCCAUAUCUGACUACAGCCGACCAAAUUACGAUUACGGCAGACCAAAUUACGAAUACAGUAGACCCAAUCAAUUUGGGAUACCUAACCAGAAUCAAUUCUAUGAUCAAAAUGGGGCCAACCAAUAUGGCUUCCAGAAUCCAGUAAAUACAAACAAUUUCCAAUAUCCGCAAAGUCAGAAUCAAUUCCACAACACACCCCACUCAAUUGGGCUCAAUACUCCACCGCCACAAAGUGAAUAUACAAAUACCAAUGGUAAUCAUGGCUUCCAGAAUCCACCAAAUCAAAAUGGGUUCCAAAAUCCAGCAAGCCCGAAUGGUUUCCCUGAUUCCAGUCAGGUUGGAUUUUCGACUGCACCACCAAAGAAUGAAUUCCCUAAUACUCAUGAAAACGGCUUUCAAGAUCCACCAAGCCAAAAUGGGUUCCAAAAUCCGCCAAUUUCAAAUGGUUUCCCAGAUUCCAGUCAAGCUGGACUUCCUACAGCACCACCAAAGAAUGAAUUCCCUAAUACCAAUGGAAACGGCUUUCAAAAUCUACCAAGCCAAAACGUAUUCCAAAAUCCGCCAAGCCAGAAUGGUUUCCCUGAUUCUAGUCAAGUUGGAUUUGCUACAGAACCAUCAAAGAAUGAAUUUCCUAAUACCAAUGAAAACGGCUUUCAAAAUCCUCCAAGUCAAAAUGCAUUCCAAAAUCCGCCCAGCCAGAAUGGUUUGCCUGAUUCCAGUCAAGUAGGAUUUCCUACUGCACCACCAAAAAAUGAAUUCCCUAAUAACAAUGAAAAUGGAUUCCAAAACCCACCAAGCCAAAAUGGAUUCCAAGACCAACCAAGCCAAAGUAGUUUUCAAAAUGAACCCAACCUAGUUGGCUUUCCUGAUAGAAGCAGCUUUCAAGAUAAUCCAAAUAGCGAUAAUUCAAACGCAUCAAAAGAAGUUAAACAAAAUGAAAAUACUCUGAUCGUUAUACCUGGGAACACGGUACCAAAUGAAGAUGCUUUUGUCUUUGAUGGGUCUAGUGACGCUGUAGCAUUCCCUGAUUCUCAGAAGGAUAAAACUCCUGGAUUUACAAAAGCUACAGAGCAAACUCCUAAAGUUACUGAAGAAUCUUCGACUGCUGAAUCUACUACAGCAUCGAUAACAACAACAUUGCCGCCAUUAACUCCAGUGUCAGCGGACUCGAGAAACAAUUUCAACUUUGGACCGAGCGGCAUCUUCCAGGAAACCUGCACAACGGUAGACAAUGAGGUGGGCAGCUGUAUCUCGGUCACUGAUUGCCAACCCUACCUGAAGCUGAUACAGGAGUCGAGGAGCAACCCUAACGCUUUGCGGGUGUUACGACAAGCACACUGUGGCUUCCAAGGAAAUAAUCCCAAGGUCUGCUGCCCUCGCCCUGGCAUUCCCACCGGUCUACCCCCCACCGAGCCUAUGACAGCCGCCACUCAGCCCACUCCAGCCCCCACCCAGCCUACUCCAGCCCCCAUACAUCCUACAGAGCCUUCUCCAGGUCCGGAGCCUAAGGAGCUCGAGCCACAGCUUGCAGCCGUGUCGCUACCAGAGGCCCCGGUGUGCGGAGUCAGCAAUGCAUCCUUCAGUAGAGUUGUUGGAGGCAUACCUGCUAAGUUGGGUGACUUCCCCUGGAUGGCGCUGCUGGGUUACAAGGAGCGGCGCGCCGGCGCCGGCGCACGCUGGCUCUGCGGAGGGUCGCUCAUAUCUGCCCGCCACGUACUAACUGCUGCCCAUUGCAUACACACCAGGGAAAAUGAUCUCUACCUUGUCCGCCUGGGAGAGCUGGACCUCGAGCGCGACGAUGAGGGAGCGACUCCCGUGGACGUGCUCAUCAAGACCCUGGUCAAGCAUCAGGAGUACAGCCCCAAGUCCUUCACUAAUGACAUCGGCAUCCUCGUUCUAUCUCGCAACGUGCAGUUCACUAAUUUGAUCCAGCCUAUCUGCAUCCCGCGCAGCGGCGAACUGCGCUCGCGCAGCUAUGAGAACUACACGCCACUCAUCGCCGGCUGGGGUGACACGGAAUUUCGUGGGCCAUCCGCCCCGCAUCUCCAAGUGCUUCAACUGCCGGUCGUCAGCAAUGAGUUCUGCGCACAAGCAUACUCAGCGUAUAAGGCGCAAGUGAUCGACCAGCGGGUGCUGUGCGCCGGCUUCAAGAAAGGGGGGAAGGAUGCAUGCCAGGGGGACAGUGGGGGGCCGCUUAUGCAGCCUAUUUACAACAGCGAGACACACAUGACAUUCUUCUACCAGAUCGGCGUAGUGUCCUACGGCAAGAAAUGUGCUGAGGCUGGCUUCCCUGGCGUAUACACUAGGGUCACCAACUUCGUGCCCUGGAUAGAAGAGACUGUAGCGAAUAACUGAGCUGAUAGGAAAUAGGAAUUAGCAACCACGCUCCUUGAAUGUUAUUCGGGAUACAUUUUUGACCAGAGAGUAAUUAAAGAGUUAUUUAGAUCUAAAGAGGCGUUAAUUAUGUAUGUAUCUUAGGGCCACUUGCACCAUUCCACUAACCCGGGGUUAGCCGGUUAAAUAUGGAGUUACCAUGGUUACCAGUACAAUUUGACACUGGAUUAACGGUUUAACUGGUUAACCUCGGAUUAGUGGGACGGUGCAAGUGGCGCUUAGUGUCUUUACAAAGGACGAAAUAAGGAAAGCUAUUAAAAACUAAAUUGUUAAUAGUGCUAUCCUCGAUUUCAUGUAUAAAACAUUGAAUUCUUCCUUCAAUGUGGAUAAUAUCAUAGAUAAUCAAAUUGUAGCCCCCCGACUGUCUACAGUUCCCGGGUACCGGUACAAUUGAUAGCUUCCCAGGGUACGGCUAAAAACUAAAGCAAACAAGUCUCAAACUCAUAGGUUGUUACAAUAGAUAUAUAUAAUGUUUUAUUUUUACUAGCAACCCGCCACGGCUUCGCACGGGUAAAAAUUAUACACCUUAUAAACCUUUCUAAAGAAUCACUCUAAUUAAUAAGUGAAAACCGCAUGAAAAUCGUAGUUUUUGAGUUUAUCGCGAACAAACAGACAGACGCGGCGGAGGACUUUGAUUUAUGAGGUGUAGUGAUCGUGAUGAUUCGUGCACAUGAGUGUAAGUGUAAUAUUAAUAUUAUUUAUGAACUUGUGAUUCAUAACUUGUGAAAAGAAAUCUCACAAUUAGAUUAAGAUAAACACAUGACAAUAGAAAUUAUAUAUUUUUGACAUCAUAUCUACACUUAAAUGUUUAAACCUUAAGUUAAAUCCACAAUAAAAGAUCAAAGAUCAUCUAUAUUUCUGUGCAGUAUUUGACUGUAAACCGUUCAGUCGUUUGUUAUAAAUUAUAAUUAUAUUUAUUUAUAUGUUACAUAAUUUAUUAUAAGUAGGCAUAUAAAUUAAGCUUUAAUGUAGGUUUUUUAUAAAAUCAGGAUUUUUGUUUAUGCUGUUUAUUAUGCACUCGGUGAUAAUAAAGUUUAUAUUAUAAAUAA